CGAAGCACGCGUCAAAUGAAGGCGAGGACCACGCAGAGUGCGUGCGUUCGUGAAUACGAUCACCGCGCGCCGUAGCAAAGUUGUCCGCACAACCGCUUGGUCCCGGGCUCAACUCAGAUUUUCCGACGCUUGCUGCGCCUCGACCGUUCUUGUAAAACCAUUUGUUUUUUGUUUACAUAGUUUCGUCUCUCUCUCUUUUCGAAAGUAUAUGCUGUCAAAAAGAGAGUAUAAUAUUCAUAGAAAAGAGGAAACUGAGCAAAACGGCCACGAGUUCAAAAUCAAGACCCGGGCGCUGAUCAAAAGAAGCCUUCUUUCACGCAGCCCAACGACUGCGAAAAGCGUGCGCGUGACGGCGCCUGUUGCAAAUGCCGAGCCUUUGUUUUGUCUCUCCGACACGGCAUGAUGGACGGGACCACACGGCAGCGGCCCAGACGGAACGAAAGGCCCGACAGGGUGGGCCCAUUUCUCCUCCUCACCGUUUUCCUUUCCCAGCGGCUUCGGGCUCGUCUUUCAUUUCAAAUUUCGAACGCCCGAACGGCUCCCCGCGUGCCUCGUAACUCGUGACUACACAACGGCCAAUAAGUCAAAUCCUCCCGUUUGGCCGUUCCCCCAUUUCGCCAUCGUCGUCGGAGUAGUGCUGCUCGUUCUUUGGUUCCAGAGAAAACGAGAGAGAGAGCAUUUGGGGGGAAAAAAAUCUAGCGGUUUUCGUCGUCGGCGUUGCGGGACAUCGAUCCAUGGGGCCGUCCGGGAAGUGGAUCAAGACGCUUGUGGGGCUCAAGCCGGCGGCGGAGAAGGAGAAGCACGGCGGUGCGAAGGCGAGGAAGUGGAGCCGGCUCUGGCGGAGCUCGUCGGGCGGGCACAGGGGCGCCGCGUCGGCUGCGGCUUCCGAGGUGUCAGAGACCUCGUCCUCGGUGGCCGACACGCUCAGCUCCGUCGUCGCCGCAGUGGUGCGCGCGCCGCCCAAGGACUUCCGCGUUAUCAGGCAGGAGUGGGCGGCCGUCCGCAUCCAGACCGCCUUCCGCGGCUUCCUGGCCAGAAGGGCGUUAAGAGCGCUGAAAGGAAUCGUGCGGCUCCAGGCGCUCGUGCGCGGCCGUCGUGUGCGCAAGCAGCUGGCCGUGACGGUCAAGUGCAUGCAAGCGCUCGUGCGGGUGCAAGCGCGGGCGCGGGACCGGCGCACGCGUCUGUCGGCGGACGGCCACGAUUCGCAGGACCUGCACGCCGACAGCGGCAGCCACGCAGAUCCCGUCAAGGAAGCUGAGACAGGAUGGUGUGAUAGUCAAGGGACUGUGGAUGAUGUAAGAUCAAAGAUACAUAUGAGGCGUGAGGGUGCAAUCAAGAGAGAAAGGGCAAUUGCUUAUGCUCUUUCUUACCAGCAGCGGACGUCAAGCCAUGGCGGAAGACCUAGUUCUCCCGCUGUUUAUCUGAAGAAUCAUGGGAGUAAUAGGAACAAUCAAUGGAGCUAUUUGGAAGGUUGGAUGGCAACAAAACCUUGGGAGAGUCGCCUUAUGGAACAAACCCAUAGCGAACAGACCAAUUCGCGCUGUUCAGAGAGUGUUGAAGAAAUGAACGAAGUGAGCUCAAAGUUUUCAGAUGCAAGCUCAGUGAGGAUCAGAAGAAACAAUGUCACAACCAGGGUGACAGCAAAGCCUCCUUCGGUGAUUGCAGUUUGCGACGACAGUGCUCCAUCGACUUCUUCAGUUACUCCCCUGUCUAGCACAAAUUUCCUAACAUCAGAGAGAAGAUCUGACUGCGGUCAGGGUGGUGGACCGAACUACAUGGGUUUGACGAAAUCAGCGAAAGCUAGACUGAGUGGUUCUGGCGCUAAGCCACCACUUCAAAGACAAGGAUCUGGUGAUAUGCAGCAUAACAGCAGGGGUGCAUUCUCUUCAGUAGAUGUUCAAAGCACCGCGGGCUCAGACGUUUCUGUUACUUCAAAGAGGUUAAACAGAUUGACUUUGAAAGGCCGAGGCACCAGAAGAAGUUUGGACAAGGAGAACGAUUGUCAACCUGGCUUUUAGUACCUGAACCCUAUUUAUAAGUUGUUCUGAUUUUAGCGGUCUAGGUGCUACUAACAUGUAUGUAUUUGUCAGUACAAUGCCUCAUUGCUUAUUCUGAUAUCAAUAUUUAUGAUGUAAAAAUGCUAAACUAGCUAAAUGUUGAACAGUUAUUAUGUGCCUGCUGCAUUGAAAAAUUUCAGAGCUCCAACAGAAGUUAGGCGGUAUGGUGAUCAUUAGUUCUACUGGAUUAGCUGAAAUAUAUUGAUAAUCAUGUUAAAACA